AAAAUUGAAUAUAUAAGUUAACAAAGUUCAGUGAAUCGAUGAAAAGUAUGAAGGGUGUAACAGGGUAGGGUUCAGUGGACCGAAACACGCAUCAUUUGGAUGAAAGAUGGAGACCAUAGUCAUAGGGAUGUGGCGUUUAUGUGCAGUUCUUUGUGUCUUACUCCCCAUGGUCCUUGCAGCGACGGUGCAUCCUCCGUUACUCGGAGGCGGAUUGGACGGCACUGCCGGACGGAUUCUCCUUACAGGCACACCAGAUACAAGGAAGCUGGUCGAGGGAACCCACUGUGUCAACAGGGGUGACGGCGUCUUCGAUAUAGUCUUAUACGUUCAUGAAAAUGAUGUCAAUUUUCGCUUCAAAAACAUUGCCGGAGCAACCAGUGGCCCGAUAGCAUAUGAGUGCAAGAUGGCUGACUACGACAAUCUUCGAACGAACCAAGACAAGGUUGUAGUCCUCGCAGAUUCGACCACCUCCUGCCCCAAUAGCAGUCCCAGUUUGAGUAGGGAUGCCGCCACUAGGACACACUCUAUUACGUUUUCAAACUUUUUGGAGGGUAGUACGGCUGAUAUGGCUCAUGACUGCGGUUCAUAUGUUGGCACCGCCUCAAAACAUGUUUACCUGUUGGUUUCUUGUAAGCGGAAUUUUCUGAGUGACCAUGCUUUCGAACUCAACGUUGCAUAUGAAAUAGAUAUAGAUGAUUGCAAUGACCCCACGUUGGAAGUUGGACCCUUGGAAUUCACGACUCCUGCUAAAUCAUAUGUCGAGCGCACAUACGAGACCGAGUUCCGGCUGUACAGGACAAGGGACUUUAGGAAGGUUGAUGACCUUAAUGCCAAGUUUGUUACAGACAAGGUUCUUAAAAGUCUGGAUGUAGAUUGGCUUCGUGAGAAAGGGGAAUCUCCCGGAAUAGAAAACGUUGACUUGGGUGAAGCGAUCUACGCGGAGGGAUGUAUCUCGGAGAUUGGGGGGACGCACUUCUUCCAGGAUGGCGUCUCUAUUAUGGGAAUGAAGUUCAAGAACUGUGAGUUUCAAACGGAUGACGACGUCAUGGACGGCCGCAUAAGCUCCAAAAGGGUCAUGGACGCGUGUGGUUGCGGACUUGGGACACUGCCUGCAAAACAGUGGUCGACGGACAAAUACGUAUUUAAAUAUGGGGUCGGUGGUCCUCUGGACGAAUUGCCAUACUUGGAAUCUCCCAACUGUUUCAGGACAGAGAUAAUAAGCACCGCGGGAUUUGCCUUUAAGAAUUUCGGAUCUAAUAGUGAUUUUACCAUGUCUUUGGUGUGCGAUGUGGACUACUGCGAUUCGUCAUCAGAUGGAACAUGCUUUGGUAACGUGGUGAAAAGUACCAGCGCCUACCCCACGUGUCCUUGUUCACGUAGACGACGCCGCGACGAGGAGGAGGCGGACACACCACCCCCAUUUAACCUGCCCCGAACUCUGAAAACCACAUUCAGGGUUAUCGUUAAUAAGACGGAACAACCAAGCAACAUUUGGAGCGAGAAGGAAAUCAUUAAUGUAAAUUGUGACUCGACAGGCUUCUCAACGACGGCCAUUUCGGUGGAGGCUAUGGUGAUGCUGGUGCUCGGAUUCCUGUCGAUCCUGAUGAUGAUCCGACUUCGCUUUCUGGCACAAAGCAUAUCUUACAAGCGAUUCACCGACGUCAAAUCGCUAUCAUUUUAAUACAAAGCAUACUCCAUGAUCUACUUGCCGACGUGUUAACACUAGCAUUUUCCCCGUUACUCAAUUAAACGAAUUGUAUGCAUCAAAUGCGCGUGCUCUUCAAUUAAAAGUGUAUUAUCAGUUUUUUAACUUUUUUUAUUAAAGUAGGAUACUAUCUGGAACCUUUAAAGUGAUAUGAAAGUUAAUGUUUUGUCAUAAAUUUUGUAAUACGUUGAUUGACAUGUAUAUUUCUAACUAAGAUAUUCUCCAUGAGUUUCUCCAUCGAAGUCUUAGAUUAUUUAACAUAAACGUAAAAUAUGACAACACACCAUACUUCCACAAUAAAUGUGUUAUAUUGCAAACUGGUUUAAGUGGUGUUUAUACAAAUUACAGUACUUCAAACAUUGUAUGUCAUUGUAUGUGUAUCACGAAAUAUUGAACAAAUUCAAAUACUUUAAUAGUCGUAAUACUUGACAAAAACAGGAAUUUCACAUAAUUUAUAAAUAACGGCUAAUGCUCCCCUGAUCUUCUGUUCAUACAUGUAUUUACAUUAUUCAGCAUUUCUGAUUGAUGUUGACGAAAUCAUGAACGUUUUAAAUAGAAUAAUGAAAUGUUACGCUCUUGUAAAGUUUUGACUUCAAUAUAAUCCUUCAUCAUACAUGUAUACGCAAAUAAAUAUUACUUAUCUGU